CAUAUAAAAGGUAAACAAACGAUUGGAAUGUGGAGUGUAGUAUUAUCCACAUUCUCUAUACAGAGAUUUUUUAUUAUAAUAUUGUUAUAUUAUAUAGUUAUUUUUCUAUCAGCAAAUUCCGUUCCAACAAAACCCGAUAUCUGAAGAUAAACAUGGGGAAAAGACGAUUUAACGAAAAAGGCCGAAAGCAAUUUGAAACAAUCAUCGAUAACAGUGCUACUAAACAGAUAAAAUUAGAUUUCCAAAGUGAGGACUAUGUCGGAACAGAUGAAGCAAAUUUACUGGUGCUACCCUCCAGAAAACGACCAACUAAAAUUAAACGAGAUAAAGCGGCUGUUUCAAAAAUUCUGUCUAAAAAACAAAGAAAACGUCUGGAAAAAAUUGUCGAUCAAAAAAAGAAAAAGGAAAAUCGUUUGUCAUUGAUCACUGCCUUGGCUGAAGUACAAGUAUCGAACGAAGAAUUAAAAAACUACACCAAGCUAAGCUCGGUGCAAACCAAAGGUUUGAAGCAACAUUUUAAGGAGCAAAAGUUUGGCUCUAUCAUAAAAACGGCAACCAUCAUCCCUGGCCGCAGCUGUGAGCAAAAAAAUAAGAACCUGGUUCAAACUAGAAAAAAGCGUCUGGCUCUAUCUAGAAAACGAAAAUGUCUGGAAGAUGCUGAACACGUCGGAAAUUUUUUUAACAUUGUUGAAGAAAAUUCGUCUUCAGACAAGGAAAUACAUGGGGAAAAUGAAGAUAAUGCCAGAGGAGGUACAGAUAAAAAUAUCCCCCCUGAUCAACAAAAUAUGCCACUACCCAAGCACACAGAAUUUGUGGGAAAAUCUUUGAAACCUGAAGCAGAAAAUAAAGCAAAUGUGAAGGUAGCACGCUUGGAAAGACAACCAGUUACGUAUGUUCAUCUAGAUCGUGAUCCGGAAAUUCAGGCCGCUCGAUUAAAGCUUCCUAUACUUGCCGAAGAGCAAGUAAUCAUGGAAACAAUCAGUGAAAACUCUGUCACUAUUCUAGCUGGAGAAACUGGAAGUGGUAAAACAACACAGAUUCCACAAUUCUUAUAUGAAGCUGGAUAUGCACUGCCAGCGCAUGGCAUGAUCGUUAUAACUGAGCCACGGCGUGUUGCUGCAAUUUCAAUGUCGAAACGAGUCUCCACAGAAAUGAAUGUUUCAACUAGUAUCGUUUCGUAUUUAAUUCGUUUUGAAGGUAACGUUACGGAUCAUACUAGAAUAAAAUUCGUUACAGAUGGUGUAUUGUUGAAAGAAAUUGAAAACGAUUUUAUGCUUACGGCAUACUCUGUUGUUAUUUUGGAUGAAGCACACGAACGUAGUAUAUACACUGAUAUACUUGUUGGCCUGUUAUCGAGGAUUGUUGUUUUACGAAAUAAGAAAGGAAUUCCUUUAAAACUGAUUAUAAUGUCAGCCACACUAAGGGUAAAAGAUUUUACGGAAAAUCAGAUGCUCUUCAGUAAGAUUCCACCGAUUAUUAAUGUAGAAUCGCGACAAUUUCCAGUGACUGUACAUUUCAGUAAAACAACUUCUUCAGAUUAUGUCCGCGAAGCAUUGUUAAAAACAGUAAAAAUACAUACCAAGUUACCGGAAGGUGGUAUACUGGUUUUUUUAACGGGCCAGAAGGAAGUCUCUUAUAUGGUAAAAAAACUUCGAAAAGCCUUUCCAUACAAAGAGAAUCGUUCGAUUAAGUGUGCUAUACCGAAUUCGAUAGCAAGUAUCUCCGAAGAUGAAGACGAGCAGUUGAAAACUUUUGUUAAUUCUAACAAAGCACCAAAGCGAGAUAAAAAGCAAAAACUUAAACAAAAAAACAAGAAGUCAGGGAUUGAAUUACCUCAAAUUAACUUGGAUAACUACCAAAUGCCAUGGGACGAAUCAGAGCCAGAUGAAAGAGAUAACCAAGACGAUGGUAAUUUAUCAGCAGAUGAGACCAAUGAUACCGAGUCGGAUUGUGAUGAUUUGUUGCGUAUUGCUGAACAAACCGCCAGUCAGCCACUUUGGGUGCUACCUUUGUAUUCUAUCCUGUCCUCUGGAAAACAACAACGAGUGUUUGAAACUCCUCCUGAUGGGACUAGACUCUGCGUAGUAGCUACUAAUGUUGCAGAAACAUCGCUCACAAUCCCUGGCAUUAAGUAUGUGGUCGAUUGUGGGCGCAAAAAAACAAAAUUAUAUGAUAAAGUAACUGGUGUGACUGCUUUUGUAGUAACCUUCAUUAGCAAAGCAUCGGCUAAUCAGCGAGCUGGGAGAGCCGGAAGAGUUACUGCUGGUCACUGUUAUCGCCUUUAUUCAAGUGCAGUGUAUAAUGAUGAAUUUGUGGAUUAUGCUACUCCGGAAAUUCAGCUGAAACCGGUCGACGAUCUGGUGCUACAGAUGAAAUGUAUGGGCAUUGAUAAAGUUGUUAAUUUUCCGUUUCCUUCGCCUCCGGAUCGCACACAGCUACAGAUAGCUGAGAAAAAACUCCUGCUCAUGGGCGCGCUUCAGGAAUGCAUCAUAAACACAAACAAUAAAUCCCAAUCACUGACUCGCGUAACUGAUUUAGGUCGUACAAUUUCUGCAUUUCCCGUUGCUCCACGGUUUGGGAAAAUGUUGGCUUUAAGUCAUCAGCAUGGUUUACUGCCAUACACCAUUUGUAUGGUAGCUGCUCUUUCGGUUCAGGAAGUUCUUCAAGAAGUAUCCCUUUCCGAAGAAUCCAGCAGUUGCAAGAAGUGGCGUAGCAAACGAAAAGCUUGGGCGGGAACUAACAACUCCCUCCUGCUCGGUGAUCCUAUGAUUCUACUUCGAGCGGUGGGAGCUGCUGAAUUUGCCAACAGCAAAAAUCGACUUCCCGAAUUCUGCGAAGAUAAUGGCAUACGUCUAAAGGCAAUCAAAGAGAUUCGUAAGUUACGUGUUCAGCUUACCAACGAAAGUAACGCAAAUUUCACGGAUCUCAACCUUAUGGUGGAUCCAAUGUUAUUACCACCGAAUGAUACACAAGCCAAUCUUCUGCGACAGUUGAUGCUAGUUGGAAUGGCCGAUCGAGUUGCUCGAAAAAUUCCGGAUACCGAAAUAAAAUUGAAAGCGGACCGUAUCAAGUACAAACAGGCGUAUAAUUUACCAGACAUGGAUGAACCUGUUUUUAUACACUCCAGUUCGGUUUUGCAUAAGCAAAAUGCCGAGUGGAUUUGCUAUCAAGAAGCAUAUGGAACCGUGGAAGGAGGAAAAAGUAAAAUGUUUCUCCGGGGUAUUACAGCUGUUCAACCAGAAUGGCUGCUGCAGUUAGCGCCGAAAUAUUGUAACAUUAUCAAAGUGCUGGAUGAACCAGAACCGACGUAUAAUUCAGCAAAAGAUAUCAUUUUAUGUUCAGUACAAGCAACUAUAGGGAAAUCUGGUUGGGUGUUGCCGAUCACGGAGAUAGAAAUGCCGAAGGAUAUGAUACGAUGCCAAUACUUUUCGAAAUUUUUCAUUUCUGGGUGCGUGUUUCCCAAACUGAAGCGAUUCAGGAAAAGUCUACUUUCGUCACCAGAAGCGCUAGUAAAAUCAUAUUCAUCAACAAUUCCACGGAUCAAUACAUUUGUAAAAACUAUGCUUCAGAAUGACAUUUACGAUAGAACUCGUUUGAUUCGGCUUUGGGAGGUUGAUCACAAUUUUCUACUUCAUGAGUAUCAACAAUUUCUUCCUGCAUCAUGUCAUGAAGACGUACGAAAUAUUUGGCCGCCAAUCAACUAAAAAAUCAAUUGGUAUUGUGGUUUAGUUUUUUAUUGUAAUAUAUGUUCUAAGCAUA